UCGGAUAACGGGUGGGGGGAAACAUUGCCGGUAUGCUAGCAGAGGAGAACAUGACAGACUCUGCGAAUGGACCGACACCAGAUCCGGCAGACGGGCUUAAGCGGCCUCAGUUCGGUACCCGCUUCCUUACAGACCCGCGGGAAGUGUUCCAGCACAACGCCUGGGAUAAUGUGCAGUGGUCUGAAGAGCAGGAAGAUGCAGCCCGGAGAAAAGUGCAGGAGAACAGUGAGCCUCUUCCAGCAGAGAAACAAGAUGAUUUUGAGAAUAGAGCAAAUGAGUACUGGAACGACUUCUAUGGCAUCCACGAGAACCGCUUCUUUAAGGACCGCCACUGGCUUUUCACCGAGUUCCCUGAGCUCGGCCCUCGGCAUUCGCAGAGUUCCGGAGAAGGAACAACAUCAGACCAGGAGCUCGUGCAGAUUACAGCAAAGCUGGAACUGAAUGGUGAAGAGACGCAUGCGCCUGCCGCAGAAGAAACAGCAGUGUUUCCUGGAGCCUCAGCCUCUUACCGCAUUCUGGAGGUAGGCUGUGGAGUUGGCAAUACAGUCUUCCCGAUUCUCAAGACAAACAAUGAUCCAGGCCUUUUUGUGUACUGCUGUGAUUUCUCUAGCACAGCUAUUGACCUCGUCAAGUCUAAUCCGGAGUACAACCCAUCUCGAUGUCACGCCUUCGUCCAUGACCUGAGUGAUGUCACAGCUACUUAUCCAAUGCCAGAGCAGAGCCUCGAUGUCAUCGUUCUCAUAUUCGUCCUCUCCGCUCUCCACCCUGAAAAGAUGCAAAGCUCUAUCCGUAAGCUGGCCAGUUUGCUCAAACCAGGAGGAGUUCUGUUACUGCGGGACUAUGGACGCUAUGACAUGGCCCAACUUCGCUUUAAAAAGGGAAGGUGUUUAUCUGAAAAUUUCUAUGUCAGAGGAGACGGAACGCGAGUCUAUUUUUUCACUCAAGAAGAGCUACAUGAUCUGUUCUAUGGAGCUGGUCUGGAGAAGGUGCAGAAUUUAGUGGACAGGAGGCUGCAGGUGAACAGAGGGAAACAGCUGACCAUGUACAGAGUCUGGGUGCAGUGCAAAUACCGCAAAAAUACGAAGCCUCAGCAACCUGCAGAGACAACCUGUCAAGACUGAAACUGGAAAGCAAGGAAAUCCACAGGAUUGGAUUACACACUGAGCAGAGAACCGGAACUCCGAUGAUUUGGAAAUCCUGAACCAUAAAAACUGAAUACGGCAAACUUUUGUGGUUGGAAGGCAUCAGGAACUAACAGCAGCAGUAGAAGAAAGUGAAUGGUGAACUUGAAGUCCUAUCGUUCCUUACAGCCCAUAUGAACAUGUUUGAUAUGAUUUUAAACAUUUCUAUUGUAAAAAUAAAUAAAUAAAUAAAGAUGGCAUGGUUUUGGUAAAUA